UGCCGGAUGACACCGGUCGACACGCGGACGUCCGGCCGAAACGCAGCGCAAUUUUCACGCGCCACCGCAAGUUGGCGCUACUCACGAGCCUCCUCCGCGGACCCGAGGAGACAUGCAGCUCAUGAGAUGGAGCAUCACGCGUCGCCUCGAGUGCCGGGGGAUCAAGCAGGGCACCUGCAGGCCCUCCAGACUCUCGUGGCCCCGAUCUUCCGGAGAAGAAAAUGACUUUAUGUCAGAUGGUGAAGAAAGUGGAGGGGGAGGAGCUGGUGGAGACGAAGCAGUGGAUCUUACGGCAUCCAGGUCUCAUCAGGGUGACGAAGACGAUAAAGAUCAGGAAGAUGGUCUGGAGGAAGAUGAAGAGGAAGGUGUGGACGAGCAGGACGAUCAAGAGGAGGACGAGGAAGGAUCACGGAAACAAAUCCGUCACAGACAGGAUGCUGAGAACAACAACAAUUUCGUGGAGGGCGGCGCGCCUGCCGGGCUAUUCCCGCCAGCUGGAACUAGUCACGUCACCUUGGAAGCUCUUCAGAACACGAAAGUGGCGGUCGCUCAGUUCGCAGCGACGGCGUUGGCCGGUGGAGCGGACAGCGAAGCGGCCUUGCAGGAUUUGGCACUGUUGCAGAGCACCUUGUAUACCCUGCAGCACCAGCAAGUGUUUCAGUUGCAGUUGAUCAGUCAGUUGCAACAGCAGCUAUCUAUUACGCAUGGUCAGUCGGCGCAACAGCAAGUUACGGGCGAGCCGUCGGAUAGCAAAGAAAUAUCUCCAUCUCCAAUCAUCCAAGCUAAGCCUCUGUCGAGUCUGACGUCGCCACCGUCGUCACGUCCACCGAGUCAUCAGCAAACCACACCACCUCCCAUGACGCCAAACCUGCCUCAGGAACGGCCUACGCCAACGAGCAGCGCUUCCCCGUUGAGUCUUCCGCUGGCUUCGUCGAACACGACGGGCACAACCGCGACUACUAGCAGCAGUAGCCAAGUGCCGAUGUCCCAUCAGAUGCCACCGCUCUGCUCGAUCAGUUCUUCCCUAGCUUCGUCGAUAAUAACCAACACCGAUCCGCCGCCGUUGCACGAGCCAAACACACUGGAGAUGCUGCAGAAGAGAGCCCAGGAGGUGCUGGACAACGCUAGCCAGGGACUGCUGGCAAACAACUUGGCCGACGAGCUGGCAUUCAGGGGCGGAAAAGGCUCCCGCCUCUCCCCAUACGAUUCAAAGUCCGGUAGUGGUCGGGGGGAGCCGUUCUUCAAGCAUCGAUGCCGCUAUUGCGGCAAGGUGUUCGGCAGCGACUCGGCACUUCAGAUCCACAUACGAUCGCACACAGGUGAGCGACCCUUUAAAUGCAACGUCUGCGGCAGCCGCUUCACCACGAAAGGGAACCUGAAGGUCCACUUCCAGAGGCAUACGGCCAAGUUUCCACAUGUUAAGAUGAACCCGAAUCCCGUUCCGGAACACCUGGACAAGUACCAUCCACCCUUGCUACAGCAAAUCGCCUCUGGUCAGAGACCGAUGCCGUCCCCGCCGCCACCGCCGCCUUCUCACCAUCCCUCUUUUCACCCGGCGGCGGCGCACGGUUUUUUACCUCCUCAACCGCCCUUGCCACUCAGUUUAGCCCUUCCUGGUAUGCCGCCCCUAUAUAGAUCGCCGGUUGUCGCUCAUCGGGACGAUCAGGACGUGCCGGAGAACCUGAGUAAGCCCAUUACCACUGCCCCGACCACGUCCCCACAUUCCCCCGCGGUUCUGUCGAACUCUCGUCAUUCCUUUCACGACAAUCACCAACAACAAAAGCAGCAACUCGAACAGAGGGACGAGAUCAAGCUCGAGCAGCGGUCGCCUAUGCAGGAGCCGUAUCAACAACGGCCCACGAGUCAGGAAGCCACCGAGAGGAUAACCCCGAAGAAAGAACCGGAGGAGGCAGAGGAGCCCACCGAAGAGGAGAGCGAGGAUUUCGAGGAAACGACUAGACGGUAUUUAAAUUCACCCCAAUCCUCUGCCAAUCCACCUUCUCAACCGCAAACUUACGAAGACUGUAGUAUGGAUAGUAAGAUCAGCGGACGCCUCGAAGGAGACGCCGACAUGGAAGUCGACGAGGAGAUCGAGGAGCAACCUGAAAACUUGUCCAGUCGAGGAACAAUAAAUCGUUUGCCUCAGCACGUUAUCGCAUAUCCCGGAGCCUCCCCUGCGAGCAGUAGUGCGAGCAGUGGAAGCCUUCAAACCUCCUUCGCGGGAAUUCUGUUCCCAGGGCCACCCGCGCAUCAUCAAAUACCUCAUCAUACUGGUUCAACGGCUGUAAACACGGCUGCAGUUUCGACCAGCGAGAUGAUCGACCCGGCCAAGGACCCAGCUAUCUAUUCCAGCCUGUUACCGCGACCAGGUAGCAACGACAACUCUUGGGAAAGUUUGAUCGAGAUAACGAAGACCUCGGAAACGUCCAAGUUGCAGCAGUUGGUCGACAACAUUGAACACAAACUGACCGAUCCGAACCAGUGCGUGAUCUGCCACAGGGUGCUCUCGUGCAAAAGCGCGCUGCAGAUGCAUUACAGGACCCACACGGGCGAGCGUCCGUUCAAGUGCAAGAUUUGCGGUCGAGCGUUUACCACAAAGGGCAACUUGAAGACUCACAUGGGCGUGCACAGGGCGAAACCGCCACUUAGGGUGCUGCAUCAGUGCCCCGUCUGCCACAAGAAGUUCACGAACGCACUGGUCCUGCAACAGCAUAUACGGCUGCACACCGGCGAGCCAACGGAACUCAGUCCAGAACAAAUCCAGGCCGGAGAGGUGAACGAGUUUCCACCAGGUUAUCCACACCAUCCGUUGGCGUCCUUUCUCCCUCAGGGCUUUCCACCGAUUCAUCCCACCGGAGCGGGCUUCCCGUUAGGCUUCCCUCCAACUCGCCAGCAAACACUCGAGCGACAUCCUCAGGAAAACGAUGUAGAUGUAAAGGACGAGCCGCAUCAACAGCAUCAGCGGCACCACCAGCAUCAACAGCAACAACAACAGCAACAGAGGUAUACCGAGGAGCACAGCGAGGAAGCGGAUGAUCAGGAUGACGAGGAUGAGGACCGUAGGGAGGAGGAUGAGAGGUGCGACGUGAAUCGUGACAGCCGCGUUGACGUGGAGGACGAGCAGGAUCGCGAGAGCGAUGAAAACGAGCAUAAAGACGUCUGUCUGCCGAGCUUCUCCACAUCCCUCGCCGCUCUGGAGAACCAAGUGCGAACGAUCACGACGACGGCUACGUCGACCGUGGGAAACAUGGCCAGAUCGCCGCUUUUCCACCGCUACAACGGCAGCGAGAAAAGCAACAGUCCUCCGAACGCCGGUGCGCCGUUGGACCUAACGCCUCGCGCGUCCUCCACUCCGGCUUCGGUGGCGUCGGUGCCCACGCCACCCCCACAGGCCACCGUGCACCAUCCGCAUCCGUUCGGCAUGUUCGCAGGCCUGCUGCAGGCAGUUUCGUCAUCGCCCUCUUCCAACAGCAUCGGAACGUCGAGCAUAAACAGCUUGAGCUCGAUGAACGCCGCCACUCCGGGAGGCGGCACCUCUGGGCCCCUGGCUUCCCUGACCACGUCAGCCGUGUUGGCUGCCACCUCGACUUACAACCCGCUCGGCCUGGCUGUCGGAGGGCCAGCAGUGCGUGGAAACACCACAUGUAAUAUCUGCUACAAGACAUUUGCGUGCAAUUCCGCGCUGGAGAUCCAUUACCGGAGCCACACGAAAGAGCGACCUUUCAAAUGCACCAUAUGCGACAGAGGCUUUUCCACUAAGAACGAUGGUUCCGGGCAGCAAGCAUGCGUCUGUGCGUCUCAACCGUUGCCCGCAAACAGUUCGAUCACUUCACCCGAUCCUCAAUACGAAUCAGCGUGCGCCAGUAGUCGAGAAAAAGCGAAACGCAGGCGGCGGCGGCGACCUGAGGAACGGAAGAGCCGGGGGCGGAAAGGAGCCGGAGGGGGGCGGGGGCUGACGCCUGUCUAUCCUGCCAUCCGCCUACCCCCGCUGAUGUCACCCGCCCUCGGACUUCUACCCUCAGCGCACGGCCUCCUGGGGAAUAUGAAGCAGCAUAUGCUAACUCAUAAAAUCCGCGACAUGCCGCCCCAUCUGUUCAGUGACUCAAAGCCGCAACACCAACAGCAGCCUCAGGAUCACGAAACCUCGAGAAGUCCGAUGUGCGCGGAAGAUUCGAGCUUACCACCGCCCCCGCCACCUCCUCCGCCUCCUCCGCCGAUGCCACCGACCUCGAUGGAGCAAAGCAUCUCGGUGAAGAGAUCCCCGCCCGAGGGGGAACUGCCAGCACCAAAGAGACCAGCCAGCAUGCCGAGCAAGCACUUGUGCCAGAUUUGCAAUAAGAAUUUCUCCUCAUCUUCGGCGCUCCAGAUCCAUAUGAGAACUCACACAGGCGACAAACCGUUCCGAUGCACCGUCUGCCAGAAGGCGUUCACCACCAAGGGCAACCUCAAGGUGCACAUGGGCACUCAUAUGUGGACCAACGGAGCGUCACGGCGAGGUCGGCGAAUGUCGCUGGACCUGCCUCCCCUACCCAUCACCCCCAAGGACUCGGAGUUCCUUCAGCGACGGCCGGAUCUCUUCUAUCCUUAUCUACCCGCGCCGUUCCUUAACGGUGUGCAGCAGAAACUGAACGAGAUCUCGGUGAUUCAAAGUAACAACGGGUUACCAGGCCACUCGGUUCCUACCGGAAAGUACGCAGGAUUAUUCGGCUCAGUGUACGCGGCCGGAGCUGGGUUUCCCCUAGACAAGCAGGCAAUGGCCGCGACCAGUAACGGGCCACUGCUCGAUGGGAAAUCCUCAAUCCCGUCCGGCUCCAUGCUCUUCCAGACACCGUCGCCGUCCCACUCUCCUGGCACGCCGUCGUCGAACGGCAGCAACCAGAACAGCGCCGGUGUACCAACGUGGACAGGCGACACUCUUCAGCACCAUUUCGACAGGGAGCCACCCGCCAGGUCGGAGGGUAACGCAACGCCACCCUCGGCCCGACUUCCGCCACCCCCGGCGGCCAGAGGUGAAGGACUGGCCACAUGAACCUUGACCGGCAACACAUAUCCUUCGUUCUCGGAGCUUCACGUUUUCAGCGACUGAACUCCGUCCUGGCUGCUACACAGGCACACAACACACACAUACUGAGCCAGAGAGAGAGAGAGAGAGAGAGAGAGCGUGUGCGUGAGAAAGAAUGAGAGUGAGAGUGAAAGUGAG